AGCUUCGUGCUUUGUCCCGUGAACCUUAGCUUGAAGGCAAUCAAAGGCAAAAUGAAUGAAUGAAAGAGACGAAACGAACAAACAAGGGUCUACAAGAAGUUUACUCUUUCCUGAUUUGGACCAGGCGCUUUUCUGCACCCUGAAUACGCAGCUUGGGAUCAGGUCUGGUUGAAAACACUCGGUAACUGGAAAAGACAACAUCGCUCGAUUGCGCAGUGGGGCCACUGAAUUCUCAUUGUCUGUCUCUUUCAAUCCAUUUCAACUGACAUCGUGAUCCAACAUAUAAAGCCUGUCUUUUCUCUCUCACCACAUUUGUUGACGACGCUCUGCAAUGGACUGGGACGUCGUGGGGCCAUCCCCUUCCCAAUUCUCUUCCUCAUCCCAAUGGGCGCGCGCCAGUACUCGGCCUUCAUCUGCUAACACGAGCAUCGAUGACGAUGUCGGCUACGUCACAUGGAAACAUUCCCAACCCGACCCCCUCAUCCGAGAACUCAUGCACAGCGCAGAGAGCAAAAAGGAAGGAAAGCGGGACCAGAAACUCCGUUUGGAUGCGUCUGCGCACACGUCCACAUGGGCAUCAAGCACCAGCACGUCUAUCCCUUACCGCACGGCAUCCCUCCCCGUUUUAUCCACGCCGUCGACGAGCGUCCUUCCAUCUACGUUUGCGUCUAACUCAUCAAGAAAACUACAUCCGAUGAAACUCAUCUCAAAGAAAGUACCCCCAUCGCGCGCUUAUUCAGCGACUGCACCCGUGAAAGAUGGCGUUUCUUCCGAUCCAAAGCUGGCUGCUGGAUAUCUUCAUAUAAUACGCAAUGGCACUGCGGAGAUGGACGAGAAUUCGAGGCGAAAGCAAGCUGCGAAGGCAAAGGCAGAAAAGGAGGCGGCGAGUGGUACGCUGAGAAAUAUCGCGACCCAGAGAAAUACCCAUGCAUCUUCGUCUGGGUCGAAGUCUACAUUCGCUGCAAGGCCUUUGAAGAAGACGGCUAGUAUCCCGGCUGCUUCUUCUGCACCUCCGCGAGGAAGCGUACUCAGUAGAUCGUUGAGCUCUGCGACUAUUAAGCCUACAGUCAAACUUUCUAGAGACAGUGGUACCUGCGGGGACAUUCAGAUGACGUUGGACUCGGAUCGUGAUACGGAUCCCGAGGGAAGCAUUUUCACCGAUUCUGUAUGUGACUUGGCUCCAGACGAGUCUUUCUCGAUGCACGUGGAUGACGUCCUACCACCUCCCAAGCGGGCGGUGGGGAGGACCCCCAGUAUCGUUAUGGACACUAGUCCUACGGCUUCGACCUCGAACUCUGGAUUCAUGCUUUGUUCCAAAGCUCUCACAGCCGCAUCCACCUCCGCAUCUAUACCAGUUCCAGAGAAGAUACCCCAGUCGAGACAUGUGCACCCUGUUGUGGCACCUUCGACAACUCAACGAGGUCCGCCGCCGCUGGGGAUGCGCCGGCAACACAACCUCCCAAAUCCCGGGUUUCCUUCGUCGCAAUCCCGCUACGCCACCAUACAGUCGCCCUAUGCGGCUUCGCAAGCAAAGGGACAAAAGCCAGUGACAAUUCCGCCUUUCAAGCCUCCGCUGCUCAAGAAACCCAACUCAAAAGCCGUUCCCGCCCCAAAGCAAGUCGUCCAAACACCUGAAAGCCCGCCGACUUCGACGCCUGAGCUGGUCAAGGACGAUGGCAACGAUGAUGACGGUGGUGGUGAGGAGGAUACGCUUGGUGUGGCGGAUUCGUCGUUUGAUGUGUCUUUUGAUGUGGAUGCGGAUGCUCUGGAGGCGACUAUGCGGCAGUAUGAUUGAUGGGGUGGACGUUGUGUAUGCUAUGUUUUGGUGGAUACUGUGCUUUCGAUAUGUUUUUUGAUAAUCCAUCUACGAGUUAGGUACAUGUACGCGCAUUCAUAUAUAAUAUACUGAUUUCAUGAGAUUAUCUGGAAUGUUGACAUACUACGUCAUAAUUAAAGGUGUAC